AUGAGACUGCUGGGCAUGUGGCCGCUGGACACAUCGCGUCUCUCCCAUCUCAGAUGCGGCCUGAGCUUCGGAACGAUGCUCGUCAUCAACUGUCCCGCGAUAGUGUAUCUGUUUAUGAUAACGAACUGGGUGGCGAUAAUGAAUCAGGCCAACUUGACAUUCCCGUUAUUCUUCGCAUAUGUGAAAUUCGUUCUCAUGAAGACGAAGGCGAAAAACUUGCGGCUCAUCCUGCGGAGCAUGAGCCGCGAUUGGGCCAAUUAUCGUUACUUGUCGGCGCGAGACCGACGUGCCAUGUUCCAUUACGCGAAGAAAGGCAGGCAGAUCAAUGUGUUUUGCUUCGUAUGGAUGAUGUUAGCGGUCGGAGUGUACAUAAUAACGCCGCUCGUUGAGAGCGCGUGGCUGAGCGGGCAGCUUGCAAACGCGACCAGCAGCAGAUUGCCCACCGACGUGUUCUUUUCCCUGGAGCAACCGUACGCGUACGAGAUGAUGUACGUCGGACAGUCGAUCAUAGGCCUGAUCAGCGGCACGGUGAUAUUCUCCGUCGACUGCUUCAUCUGCAUCGUUGUGUUUCACGCGUGUGGACAGCUGGACGUGUUGGCCGCGACCUUGGAGCGGUACGACGGCACCGUCGAGCACGAUGGCACGAAGGACGCGUGUUUCCGCUCUUGCGCGUGCUUGCCGUGUAUCGUGAAGCGGCAUGUGCACAUUCUCAAUUACAUGAACGUCGUGGAAAAAUCCUUCAACAGCUUCAUCCUGUUCCAAUUACUGCUGACCACUGUUAUUCUGGCACUGCAAGGCUUCCAGAUCGUCUUGGUAGUGUCUAUAAAUAAGUAUAUGUAUACGAAACUAUACAAGUAUAUACGAAAUCACUAA